AAUGCAAUCACUUACCCUCAAAGUCACUGACCGCGUGACUGGUUGUUUAAAAACAUCCAGGGACAUCCUAGGAGUACACCGGUUAGGUGUGAAAUUUGCUCAUAAUCCACAGAGAUGUUGCUUAAAACCAAGAAGACUUGUACUAGAAUCUGUGUUGGACUGUUUUUCUUGCUCGGUGGUAUCGAAUAUGGUAAGAAAUUACUGCAUGCGUUUUUAGCUCAACUUUGUUUAUUGUUUUGCAAUUUUGCAAGCUUCUUGGUGUUACGUGUGUUUGACAUGUUUCACCUUCUCGUGUUUGAGUCAGUCAAAUAAUGAUGUACAUGACAACAGUAUGUGUAAACACGGAUAAUAACUUAUAAAUAAUAAUAAAUAACGUGAACGCAACGAUAAAGGAGUCGAUUCCGUGUCUGGUUACGUCAGCCUGAAUUAGUAUUUUUGGAGUUAUUCACGUGAUGUUACUACAGAAUAACGUCUGAGUAUUUUUGAACGAUUUAAAGCUGCGAUGGUACUGAUCCCAAUCCUUUUCUUUAAAAGUUUACUCUUUUCUAUAAUAAUCUCUGAUGGGAUCGGUGUUCCUGUCUGACUGUUUGAAACCGUUCACACGUUUGAUAGCCUUCUAAUUAGUAACUCUAUCCACGAAUAACUCAUUAACUGAAUUAAAAUCUCAUCAUGUUGAUCACUUAAUAACUUUGUGUUUGUUUAUGAGCUUGCUGUUGUCCAUUAUGUUUUCAAUCCUCUUGAAAUUGUAACCCUGGUUAUGUUGUGUGACUUAGAGUAGUUGUACACACUUCACUUUGAUGUUUUAACUCUAUCCACGAAUAACUCAUUAACUGAAUUAAAAUCUCAUCAUGUUGAUCACUUAAUAACUUUGUGUUUGUUUAUGAACUUGCUGUUGUCCAUUAUGUUUUCAAUCCUCUUGAAAUUGUAACCCUGGUUAUGUUGUGUGACUUAGAGUAGUUGUACACACUUCACUUUGAUGUUUUAGGGUUAAAGCCCUUUAACUCCCAUGAGUGACCAAAACAGAAUUUCUCCUUACAAUAUCAAUACAAUAUCAAGCAGAAAAGUGAUGAGAAUGAAGAAGGAAACCUUAAUUUGGGGAUUAUUAGUUGAUCCAAUACCAAAUUCUCCAAACUAACAUUACAAGAACUGUUGUGUAGACAAUAAGGAGAAUUACCAAUGAGAUCUUGGGAGUUAAAGGGUUAAAUAAGCUAUUAAAUAGGCUAUUAAAAUAAGCCCUUAUAUAGAAAAUGGGAAGAAGAAUAAAACUAAAUCUGUUGCCCUUCAAUGCUAAUGUAUUGACUGUAAAGUCUUUGUUUUAUCAUUUUAAACCAAAAUAUGCUGACCAAAAAGGUGUAUUGAGCAGCAAGAAUAAAAACUUUUAACUUAUUGCUGCUGUCCACGUCUCAAGAAUGUUGGUGCUUAAGCUCCCAAUGAUCAAUUCUCAACAGUGGCUGCCGUAUAUUUCCUGAAUUUUAAGAGUGCAGUGAAUGAGAAUUUAGUGUUGGAUCAAACAUUGUAUCUUAGUUGAUUUAUCAUUUUCUUCUUUAAAAUGUAUCACUAUUGCGAGGAGAAACUUCUUUUCCACCUCUCCUGGGAGUGAAAGGGUCAGGAAUUACUUGUACUACUUAGGAAGAGAAUGUUUAUCCUUUCAGUCUGUAGGAUGUUAAUAUUCAAAAAUUAAUAAUUAUUUGUACCACUGCAGCUGUAAUUCUUCCAACUCUUUGGUUGUACCUGGAGCACAGAUUUGAUGCAGAGCAAUGGUUUUUUGGGGUAGUGUUUGCAGCCUUCUGUUUCUCAAAUCUGUUGGCCAGUCCUUUUUUUGGCUUCUGGGUUGAUUAUACACGAAAAACCAAAUCUGCAAUUCUGUUUGCAAAUCUCUUUGAGAUUGGAGGUUAGUUAGGGCUUUGUGACUACACUUUAAUAGUCAUUUUUAAUGUUUAUUUUGUUAGUAUUAUCUGAAUGAUCAUUGUGAGUCAUCAGUGAGUUAAUUUUAUUUGUUUUUAUGACCAUGAUAAUCUACUGUUGUACAUACCAUGUACAUUUUUUUAUGUGGACAGUUGAAUCGAAGGUGUACAAUAUAUGUUUUUUAAAAAAAACAGGCCUUCUCUGUAGAAUACCUUUGGUUUUUCUUCACCUUUAAAAAGUCAAUUGAAUGACUGGCUACCAGCUAGUUUGCAGUUUUACAUAUAUCACAUCAUCAAAUAUUGUGAGCAGACUCAGUUAUGUCAUGUUCCAUGUCACAGUCUGUUGAAGCAAAAGAGGAUUCCCGAAAUUAUCCUGUUCUGAAAUUAUUAAGUUUGGAAACCUUCAAAAAUUGAAUUGAAGUGUUUGUUCAUCAUAUACCACAUCAAAUACAAAAGAUAACUCCAUUACUCUGUGUUCCAUACCAAUUUUUGUUGCGCCACUCACUAUUUUCAAAUAUGAGGUCUUGUUUAAGGAACAGAAGAGAUCCAUUAUAACAUGGAGGUAAUUUUAAAAGUAUGCUUACUUAUGUGAAAGGAUGAUCACUGGCUUGUUUUGUUAGCUCUUGAGGGAUUAUUUGAAACACAAGCUUGUUUUCCACUGUUGUUCCACAUCUUCUAAUGAAAUCUGUUGUUCUUCCAGGCAAUUUCUUAUAUUUUGUUGCUUGGUCCAAGUACUGGGUACUUGGUGCACGUCUUAUUUCAGGUAUAUACUUCAAUUUUUUAGCUCUUUGUUAGUCCCAAGAUUCAAUUAGUAUUUGUCCCUACUGACUGUUAUACAAUUCCUUGUAAAUAGGACAGGGGAAUUUGGUGUUAUAACAAUGUAACACCCUUAUGCUGAUAAGCUUGUCUAUUCUCGAUACCUGUUUGCAAAAUAACAUAUUAGAAUUGCAAGGAGAAGUUAUAAGUUAAUCACAUCUGGGGUUAAAGGGUUACUAACUUGUGCAGGAUUUAUUGUUAGUAGAGAAUACUACUGGAGGACUAGAAAUUAGUUAUCUGUAGCCCGUGCAUCUAAUGAUAUGGUUACUUUUAAUUAUAAACUAUAAAUUUUAAUUGUAGUCUUUUAAGUCUGAUGAUUAGGUAUUGAUUGAACAGGAUGGAGUGGUUGGAUAACUUCCUGUGAUUUUUUACAAUAGUUGAUGUCAAAUUCACUGUGAAAAAUGUAAAAUAUCAAAGGAAAACUCCCUGUAGUUAAAACAUAAAAGUGAUUCAUGAUCCAGAAACCAAACAGUAAAACUAUAAAAUUACCAUUAAGAGCUGCAAAAAUUAAAGGAAAAAUAAUUAUAAUGGUAAAUUUUGCAAAGCAUUUCAUCCAGGAUUAAAGAAUGGUUUAUAUCAUUUGUAAGGUAUUGGUGUAGGAGUAGGUGCUGGAAUUUUUGCACAGAUUGCAAGAACAACAACUGAACAAGAGCGAACUGGGAUGUUUUCCAUUGCAAUGGCCUUGCGACAGUUUGGUUUGUUAGUAGGUGCGUAUCUUUUUGUAAAUGAUAUUCUUAAAUUUUUGCUGUCUUGCACCUAUAACUUGCAUUAACUCUGGGCUUGUUUUGGGUUAUUUUAUUGUAUUUAGAUGAAGUUAAUCAUUGUUUGGGUAACUUGAAUGCAAGCUGUAAUGUUACUGUUGGUGAUUAAUUUCCAGUUUUGCAGUUUGCUUAAUGUAAGUUGUAAACUGUGUUGUGAUUGUUUAUAACACACAAACCAUGUAUGAAUUAUUUCAGAUGUACAUCACUUUCUGCAUUAGACAAAAUAUUAGCUUUUAAAUAUUUGUAAUGAGCUAUCUCGUUUUGUUAAUUUUUUCGGGGGGUUCAUUGUGCUGUGUCUUGCAUUAUUGUUUGAUUAAUCUGUCAUUGAGAAAGAUGAAGCACUUUUGGAUUUUUGAUAAACACCUUGAAUUUAUGUGGAUAUUUUUAUUGAAUUUCAGGACCUGGCUUCAAUCUUUUCCUACGGAAGUUAAAUUUCAAAAUAGGACCAUUUGAAGUGGAUUCAUAUACUGCACCUGGAGUUAGUGUUUAGGAUUUAACAAAUCACUUCGGACUAUUUUUUUUAACUUGAAUAUAUUACUUAUUUUUUUUAAUGACAGUCAUGCUUUUGAUGUGGGAAAAUGUAAUUUAGCAAACUAAAAGUUGACACAAGACAGUGGUGGCUAUUGGUGUUAUGUUAGUUAUUUGCUCUUAAGUGGGUCACAUUUCCUUACAAGGGCUUCCAGGGUUCUACCAUUACCCUGCAAAUGUCAUUUUAUUUGUUUGGGUUUCUUUGCAUUAAAUAGGCUCUCCAGUUGUUACAAGUGGCUGUAACCAAGAAUUUGAUAUGUGUGUGAGGUUUGGCAAGCUCUACAUACACUACCAACUUUCCUUUGAGACCACAUGUAUGGAACAUGGGGUUAUUCCCCCUCCCCCAAGAGAGAGAGAGAGAGACUCUUUAACAUAAUCCAAUAUCAUCAGUUCAAGUCAUGUGGUUUUUUCUUCUUUUGAUAGAUCUUCAUGGCUGCAUUAUGGUUGCUACUAGAAUUGAUUAUGACAUUCCUCUAUUAUGACCUGCCAACUGUAAAGAAUGAUGUUGAUGAUCAUUCAACUAAUGAUGAGCAACACAGAUAUGAUAACAGUGUCCAGAAUUAUAGUAGUACUGAGAGAAACAUAGCUAACAAUUCAAUAAAUGUUGAUGCAACGGAAAAUGAGCACAUUGUUUCUGGUGACAUGAUCAGGGAUCUGUACAGCAAACACAGUUCAAUCAUAGCAGACAGCAGAAGGCAAAAUCUAAUACACACCACAACUCAAGAUUUUCAGAAACGUGCAAGGAAAGAGCCAGUAAUGGAUAAGUGGCACUUAGCAAAAGGUGUGCAUAGAUAGUUAUUUUACAUUAAUUUGAUCCGUAAAAUGCUAUAACCCUGAAACUCCCAGUUGUGAUUAUCAUGUAACUUCUACCGAUAAUAUCCAUACGAUAUCCAUCAGACAGGUAGUGAGAAUACCCAAACUUAUCAGGUAGAAAUAGUUAUCUUCACUUGAUCUUACACUGAAUUCUCAUAACUAAUUUACUAGGAAAUGUUUAGCAGCUGGAGGGAAGAAUUAGAAUCAUAUAUUGGAAGUUAAAGGGUUAUGAAUUAAGGAAAGAAAGAAUUGAAAUUGUCAAUAAAUUGAGCCAGUUUUAUAACAUGACAUCUGGAGAUUUCACAAAGUUUUUCAUGUAAUUCUGGUUGAGAUGUUUAAUGGUUUCAUGUGAACACAUUUAAAGAUGCUCUAAAAAAUAUUCAGGACUCCUAAAAGAUUGGAGUGUGAGACCUUAUGCUCGUGGUUCCAUGUUCUAAUACCAACAGGGCUAUGGAGCUGCUGAUAUUGGGAGUGGGUUUUUUUUCUUGGUUUCAAAAUUUUAAACUGGUUAAAUAUUUAUUAUGCUCCUUUGUCUCAGAUUGUUGGAUAUCUGAGACAAAGAAAAAUUUAAAAUGGAAUUUUUUCUUAUGAAGAAAAAUUUGGUUUCCUUGUGUUUACUGGGGAUGUGAUUGUUUUCUGGAACAAAGAGUUUGUUCAAAUUCUGAGUACCAUUUCCAGAAAUCGUACCAGCCAUUGAGUUUGCACAAUUUGCAAUGUAUAGCUGCUUUUCCAAGGCUAAGAUAAAUGUAAUUUAUAUCUUUACAAAUAUGAGCUUGAACAAUGUACAUUUUUUUCUACAGAUCUUGUCCGUGAAGAAGUAAUUGUUAUCCUGGCAUCACAAUUUUUGAUGUUCUUUAAUCAAACAGCACUAGAGGUUUGCCACACCCCAUUCUUUUUUUUUGAGUUUUUUUUUAAAGUUAUAAAUCCAGAGAUAUCAUAUCUUAGGAACAGAAUUGACUCUGGUAUUUCAUUCACAGCUACAUGAACUGAAUGUGUUAAUAUUUAGACUUGGACUUGACUGACCCUCUGAUCUAGACAUGAAGUUAUCCAUUUGGAAAUUUUAUAUAAACAGUUAUGACUGAAAGAAGGGAAACAUUUCAGACUUCCAAAUUCACCAAAUAUUGAAAGAAGAAUGGCAACAAUUUUCAUAUAUUAAUUGGUGACAACAAUUUUUAAAACAUUCUAAACCUGUGAUGACCAAAGCCUUUUUUUUUGAAAAGUAUUUAACUGCUUCCCCUAUUUAUCAAAAUGUCAUUCCACUGUAAUUUCUUACACACCUUAUUACAGGCUAUAGUCACCCCUUUAUCUGAGUACCUCAUGGGAUGGAAGGAAUUAGAGAACAGUAUUGCCUAUUGUUUAAUAGCUUUAGAGGUAAAGUAUGUUUUUUGUAAAUUUGUCAAAUCUUGCAGUUUGUUUUUAAGUUUGUUGUCAUUAAAAGGGAUUAUGGCUCGUUAUUAUUAUUUUCAUUAUCAUCAUUAUUGUCACCUUGAUAGGUACUGAUAAAUGUGUUUGUAAAUUUUUAUAUAAAAUAUAUUUAUUUAUAAGGUCCACCUCUGUAAUUUAAGAUAAGUUAAUGUUUUAAUUUUUAAACUUUUAUUUUUUAUUCCAGUAAAGCACAUUUGAUUGUAGUGACAUGGAAUUAACACCCUACAAAUUGUAAUUAUUAUUUAAUUAUCACUAUUAUCUGAUUCCUUAUGAUCAGGCCAUUCUAGUAUUUGCUCUUGUGAGAAAGCUCAGUCGAAAGCUUGCAGACAGGUAAGGAAUUGUCUUUCAGUCCUUCUUUUUUCACAAUAUCUGAUCGCCAGGGAUUCACUUGAACUGCUGUUACUUAAAGUCGGGAAGGAAAGAAAUUUUAAGUUAAAAUUCAGCCUUGUUUGUUCAGUUAGCCUCAUCAGACUGUUUAUGAACAUGUUUGUCAUUAACUUCUAUGCCAUCCUGUGUAAAUCUUUUUUUUUUUGUAGGUGGCUAAUGGUGAUAGGUAUUGCCUUUGAAGGAUUUGCGCUAGUUUGGUAUCUCUUCCUUUUGGCCAAUGCAAAACCAUGUAAGUUGUUUUACCUCAUUCUUUCAACAUUUAAUUUUCUUCUUGUGCCUUCUUUACUGUUCAGUGUAUUUCAAAUCAUGUUGCUCCAGGAAAGCAUUGAGUUUAGUUCAUUUUGCCAAUCUACACCUUUUUGCUCGCCUUGCGAGAAGGAAAAAAGGGCGACUGAAGCUGCAGCGAAAGUCGACAAUUUUACGACCGGUGUUCGGUGGUUAUCUUACAGGCUGUUAUGUGAUAGUUUGUCAGUUCUGCAGAUUAAUGUUAAAGCUAAAUGCAUACCUUCUGUCAUAUUGUGCGAAAUGCCUUUUUUUCUUGUGACCGUUUAUCAAGUUCGCCAAAUGGCUACUUUGAAAAAUAGAAGCCUAGAGCUUGCCAAGGGGGGUUAAUUCAUUCGAACCUGUAUUUGUCAUGGAAACCUGAUCAAAUGCGAGCUGUAUUCAAAGUUAGCUCCGAUUUUCUCCACCGUCUUUAAUCGACAAUUUUUUUUCUCUUAUCUUUCCAGAUGAUUCUAUAGUUCUUCCAACCAUAAUUGUUGGCACAUUGGUCAUUGUGUUUGGUUUGCCGUUUUUCUCAGUAGCAAACAUUUCCCUUUAUUCUAAAAUUACUGAUGAGAAAACCCAAGGUAAGUAAUGCUCUCUCCUGAGUAAGAUCCGUGAAAUACUUGUUAACCUCAGUUUAUUGAAUAGUUUGUAGUUUCCAAAUGAAUCCAAGACAGCAGUAGCAAAUUCGAUGUCAGUUCUGGCCAAUCCCGUAGAAUAAUUCGUCGCAAAGUAAUUCACACGCAGCUUAUAUUCAGCGGCAGUUUCUCCUUUCAGGGAACACGUUUGAUUGAUGGGAACAGAAAUAAAAGCAUAUGCCACAUUUUAUCCAUUUGGAACCGCAAUUUGUUUCCCUUAAUGGAGGUUACUACGUCAUAGUGGUGUCUCAAAGAGACGCUCGAUUUCAGAUACAAAAUUGGUUGUUUCCUGUGUGUUGGGUACGAUUUUAGUGCGCGAGCGAGGACGCAUGCUACUCGUCGAGCGAGUGGACUUUGCACGCGUCCUGUCCGAUUAUAGAGAUGCGUGCACUCUGAUCGGUCGGAAAUUGCGUCGUGAGGGAGUUAGAAAAAUUCUUCCUAACGAGAUGAACGACUGAAUUCGUGUUGGUCAUUUUUUCAUGUUGUGUUUCCUUUUCAUAGGUAUAGCUCAAGGUAUUCAGAGGUCAGUAACAGGAGUGGCCAUGAUCCUAGGUCCAUUAUGGGGAGGGGCACUGACGACGAGGCUCUUUAUUAUGUUGGGAGUCAUGGCAGGUCUUGAAGUUAUCUUAGCAGUAAGUAUUUCUCCUCUGAGUAAUUAAUUAUUAUCAACUGAGUUGAUAACGUAAAUUGGCCAUCGUUAAGAGUUUAAGAGCUGACGUUUCGAGCGUUACAGCCCUUCGUCAGAUCGAAUGUAAUCGCCGAAUCGUUCCUGCAGUGAGGUCUCUCAAGUACUAUGGUUUCCUACAAAGGAGUUUUUUCUUUUUCCAUAGUUACCUUUUGUUUUCUUUGAUAAAAAUACCCAUUAGUUUUUUUGUUUUUCACACAGAUUUUGAUGUACUUAUCUUUUCAUCGCCUUAAAGAACCUUCCAAGCAACUGCCAUCCCAGUACGACCAAAUAGGCUCUCAAAGUGAACGACAGCCUCUACUGGGAUAAAAGGCCCUCUAUCUAUUUUGUACCAAGCCUUACUUCUCCCCUCUUUCACUCCUCUUUUCGAGAAAGUUGAAAAUAAAAACAGCAAGCCUCCGUGUUUCCCCAGCCGGGAACACCAUGAGCUAGGAUCGUGUGAAGUUUAUAGACAACUACUUUAGUCAUAGAGUUUAGAGUUUAGAAGUUUAGAGACAACUAUUUUAGUCAUAUCUAAAUGAACCGGGAAAUGGGAUUUCGCCCUUUCCCCAAAUUUCCUUCUGGGCCCCCAUCGAUGAGCUUGUUAGCUGAAUUUGUUUGGAUAGGUCAGAAUAACAUGAUUGUUUUUGCCGUAAUUGCUCUUGAUCUUUUGAACAAUGGCGAGUCGCUAAAAGGGACGUUGCGGGGGACACUAAGCGUUGUACUCAGAAAAUUCUUGUGUGAAUUCUGUUGAAUUGAAUUUUAAGAAAACGUUGUCUUUGAACGACGAUAUUGGGAUGAAACUUAUGAGGAUAACUGGUAGAUAUUUAUAAAGAAUUCUAUUGCGUUGAGUAGGUAGUUGUGAAUAUAGAUUGGAUGAUAGUGAAUGAAUCCUUGGGAUUACCAAUAAAAACCUCGAUUAAUACAGGCACAGGAUAUAUAUUUUUAAAUGACUUUAUCAAUUAAAAUUUUAUUCCUAUUGAGAAAUGUUUACUGUACUGUAUAUUCUUCCAUACGGUGUAAAAUGUGAUAUCAAGCACCAAACCAAGCACUAUUAUCAAAAUGAUAUAAAUUUGAACUCAAAACCUGUUAUCAGAUAUGUGAUAUUUAUUGGUUUUGGUCGACUUUGCAACUGUUGUAAGAAAUAAUUUCUGUACUAUAUAUUAUGCAUUUUGAUGUGUUAUGUCACAUCAAACACUGAAUAAGUAACUUUAACCACACGAAUUAUUGUCAGAUUUAUUUCCAAUUAAGGCUUUUUUCAUAAACAAAUUAAAUUCACGUUGUGCA